AUGACGGAUGUGACGACGAAUUCGGCCGUUCGCUACUACGAGCAUCUGCUGCACGGCUACAGAAGACUUUGUGGUGGACAGCAGACGUCUGGCGAAGAUGAGGAGGAGUCGGAGAAGCCGAAGAGAACCGGCAACUGCAUGGCCGAGUGGACGAAUGAGAACGGAAAGAGAGAGGCUUGUGGAGACGAUGGUCCGGCGGAAAAGAGAAAGAGGUACUUCUAA